AUGCUUCUUGAUCUUGCUAAAGAAAUAGAGCAGCAGAACCAUAGCUUUUAUACCUGGUUGAAGAAAGAUGCAAACCUGAAAGAGAUAAGCAAGGUGUAUCGAAAAUUGCUUGUCAAAUAUAGUACUGUAGAUGACAAUCUGUUUAAAAAGACGUCUCACAUUGCAUAUAUUCUACGCAAUCCCAAGUUAAGAGCUCUUUAUGACUCUAUCUUAUUAGAUGAUUAUCAUCAUCAGCAAGUUUACUGGAAAGGCUUUUAUUAUUUCUAUACACGACAUAAAUUAGCUUGCAUGUUCACCAUUGCAUUACUCAGUCUCACAAUGCUUGAAUAUCUAAAGGCGUGGGUUAAUUAUUGGACAGAACGCACCAUGAUGGAGCAGUUUAUAGAGAAUGCAAAGACAAUGGCACAAAGAAUAUCAGAUAAGCACCUCUCUGCCAAAACCCACAAGAGCUAUAUGGACUUUGCAAAGGUCACCGUGUUCCUUUGGAUAUAG